AUGAAUAGGAGAGGAUUUAUGUCAGAAACGUUUCUGUUCAAUACGCUUAUCACCAUUUAUGGCAAGUGUGGAAGCUUAUUGGAUGCUCAUGAAGUGUUUGACGAAAUGCCUGAACUAAAUGUGAUUUCAUGGACAGCCAUGAUUUCGGCCUGUGCUAGCAGUGAGGAAGCUGAAACGGCACUAGGGUUGUUUUCCCAAAUGCAGAGGACAAGCAUUCAACCCAAUCACUUUACGCUCUCCGCCAUUCUUUCUGCUAUUCGAAGAGGACUGCAGGUAGCAUCUCUGGAGCAGGGACUGGAAGUCCAUGCGCAAGCAGUUCGAAGAGGACUGCAGUUAGAUUUAUUUGUCGGGAAUGCCCUUGUAGAUAUGUAUGUAAAAUGUGGAAGCAUGGAGGAUGCACUCCAUGUGUUUGACACAAUGCCGCAACAAGAUGUCGUGUCAUGGACAAGUAUUAUUGCAGGGUGUGAACAGAAUGGGCUCAUUGAAGAAGCCCUAGAGAUGUUCCAUCAAAUGCAGCAAGUGGGAGUGAUGCCGAACUUGAAAACCUUCACAAAUGCUCUCUCAGCCUGCCCCAGCUUGUCAGCUCUGGAACAAGGUGUUGAAAUCACAUAUUCAGUUAAGUAG